AUGGCCUCAUCUCCAGUGCCCGAGUCCGUUACAAUCGUCGGGGGCUCUCUAGCCGGCUUGAUGCACGCUCUGGUCUUCUUAUCACUUCCGACCCCUCCUGAAAUACGCAUACUCGAGCGCGCCCCGACUUCUCUACUCCACAACCAAGGUGCGGGCAUCGUCGCAGGACCGGACGCGCGGCAGUUCUUCGAUCAAUAUAUUCGACCUGGGCGGGAGAUUGUCGUCAAAAGCGGAUCGCGACACUACCUUGAUCGUGCGGGAGAUAUCUUGCCCGAGAGCGUUGAAGGGAGGGCGCAGUAUAUGAUCUCCUGGGAUCUUAUCUACCACCUUCUGCGAUGGAGAGUCGACGGUCUGGACAGCGAGUAUGUACAAGGACUGCAGGCAGACGACCGGCCGAAAGUGCAAUAUGAGAAUGGUUGCACCAUCACCAACAUCGAAGACGCCGGCGAUAAAGGCGUCAAGAUCACCUGGACAGAGAAAGACCAGGGAGAAAAGACGGACGUAUCUGACGUGGUAAUAGCGGCCGAUGGUGCUUCUUCGACCGUGCGGCGGUUGCUGGAGCCAAGUGUGCAAAGAAAAUAUGCAGGCUACGUGGCGUGGAGAGGCACCGUGCCGGAAACAGAACUCUCCGAUGCUGCGAGCAAAGUCUUUGUGGAGAAGUUCACCUUCUUCCAUACCGAGGGUAUUCAGACUCUUGGAUAUCUCAUUCCCGGCCCGGGUGGCAAGCUCGGGACCGGCGAAAGGCUGUUCAACUGGGUGUGGUACUGCAAUUAUCCAGAUGGCUCUGCUGAUCUCGAAGAACUCAUGACCGACGUGGAUGGAAGACGACAUGCCAUUACAUUGCCCGUAGGGAAAAUGCAACCCCAAGUGUGGGAGAAGCAGAAAGAGUACGCGGCCAAAGUGCUCCCGCCUCAAGUGGCAGAGGCGGUGCAAAAAACGCGGCAGCCUUUCAUCCAAGCCAUCACGGACGUGAUCGCCCCAACGAACAGCCUCAUGGGUGGGAAAGUGCUGUUGGUGGGCGAUGCUUUGGCGGGCUUCCGGCCGCACACCGCAGCUUCUACCGGCCAGGCGGCUUUCGAUGCCUUGAGGCUGGGUGAGUGGAUGAUGGGCGGGAUGGAACGGGAGAGUUACAAUGAGCAGGUUGUAGCGUAUGCCAGAGAAGUACAAGCGCUGGGGGUGCGGCUGGGGGAGCGAAGUCAAUUUGGGCGGCAUCCGUUGGCGGGUUGA